AUGCCAACGUUGGCGGCUGAAUUAUCUAAAGAAGAAAAAAAAGUCGAAAACAUCUACGAAAUUGGACUCACUGCUGCUAUUAGCAGUGUUGCUGUUAACUUGAUGAUAAGUUAUUGUUUAAAACAACAAUCUAUGGUAAAAAUAGGAAAUAAACUUCUUCAGUAUCAAUGUGAAGGCCUGAAAAACGUUUGUAUACCUCAUAAUCGACUGAAACAUUACGAGUAUGAAGAAUGUUUCAUUUUUGGUGUUCACGUUAUAAUUGCUAUAAUACACACAAUAACUGAACUGAUAGUUGCUCCUGUCAAAGGUGAAAUCAACGUAAUUAUAUUUACCAUUCCAGUAUUUAUUUUUGGAUGUCUUUUACUGCAUACAAUUGAAAUGGGUGAUUAUGCAAUAAUCAUGAGGAAAAAUUUAGCAAUAAAAAAUUUCAGUGGUCUUCGACAAGCUCAUCGAAAUCUCUAUGAAAUUACUCGUGAUAUCUCUGACUUUUAUUCAUGGCCUAUAUUAGUAACAUUAUCUUAUUAUUGUUUUGGAAUUAUAUACAGUUGCUACAGGUUUAUAGCAGAUAUAAUGAAUUAUACUGAAACACUUAGAAUAGUUAAUUCUUGGCUAUGGAUUAUAAGACCCGCCUUUCCAAUUAUUGUUCUGACGACUAAUGUCACCAACAUCAUUCUCCAGAUGAGAAAAACGAGUUACGUAAUCUACAAAGCAAUAAUUGAAAAUGAAACUCAUUCACAAAUAAAAUACGAACUCGAACAAUUCUCUGUGGAAUUAUUACAUCAACACAUCUACUUCAGUGCCUGUGGGUUAUUCCCUCUCGACAAUAGUCUUUUAAGAUCCAUUUUCAGCACAAUGAUAACGUACAUGAUAAUUCUUUUACAAUUCCGGCAUAAUAAUUAAAAUUCUAUUAGUUGAAGUCUUCAAUG